AUGGGGUGGUGGUGGAGACUGUAUUGGGGGCUUGUGGUGGUCAUAAUGAUGGAAGUAGGUGGCGGCCACGCUGAAGGAGGAGGAGGAGUCACAUAUGAUGGAAGAUCUCUCAUCAUCAAUGGGAAGAGAAAAAUUCUAUUUUCGGGUUCAAUUCACUAUCCUCGUAGCACUCCUCAGAUGUGGCCAUCUUUAAUUGCUAAAGCCAAGAAAGGAGGAUUGGAUGUUAUUCAAACCUAUGUAUUUUGGAACCUUCACGAACCCCAACCUGGUCAGUAUGACUUCAAAGGAAGAUAUGAUUUGGUGCGAUUUAUCAAGAACAUCCAGGCACAAGGAAUGUAUGUUUGCCUUAGGAUUGGACCUUUCAUUGAGGCUGAAUGGAAUUAUGGGGGGUUUCCGUUUUGGUUGCAUGAUGUCCCUGGCAUUGUUUAUCGAUCAGACAAUGAGCCAUUUAAGUUCUACAUGCAAAAUUUUACGACAAAAAUAGUAAACUUGAUGAAGUCAGAGGGUUUAUAUGCCUCACAAGGAGGUCCCAUCAUUCUAUCACAGAUUGAGAAUGAAUAUCAAAACAUUGAAGCUGCAUUCCACCAAAAAGGACCCCCUUAUGUUCGUUGGGCAGCUAAAAUGGCGGUUGGGCUCAAAACUAGUGUACCAUGGGUGAUGUGCAAGCAAACUGAUGCUCCUGAUCCAGUGAUUAAUACAUGCAAUGGGUUCACAUGUGGAGAAACUUUUCGAGGACCCAAUUCACCAAACAAGCCAUCACUAUGGACAGAAAAUUGGACAUCUUACUAUCAAGUAUAUGGUACGAAGCCUUACACAAGGUCUGCAGAAGACAUUGCAUUUCAUGUAGCACUUUUUAUUGCAAGAAAUGGAAGCUAUGUAAAUUAUUACAUGUACCAUGGUGGAACAAAUUUUGGGAGAAAAAGCUCUGCAUAUAUCAUAACAGCCUAUUAUGAUCAAGCUCCUCUUGAUGAAUAUGGACUCAUAAGGCAACCUAAGUGGGGGCAUCUUAAGGAAUUGCAUGCUGCAAUUAAAUUGUGCUCUACAACUUUACUACAUGGAGUACGAAGAAGUUUUUCUUUAGGUGAAAAGCAAGAGGCCAUUGUUUUCGAAGAAAAGGAAGGUAGCUGUGCGGCAUUUCUGAUAAACAAUGAUACACAUAAUAAUGCUACUGUCCAAUUUCGAAAUAUUUCAUUCAAAUUGCUUCCAAAGUCGAUCAGUAUUCUUCCAAACUGUAAAAAAAUUACUUUCAAUACGGCACAGGUGAACACAAAGUAUAAUAACAGAAUCAUAACACCAGUACAAACUUUUGGUUCAGCUAAUAGCUGGAAAGAAUUCAACAAUGUAAUUGUGAACUUUGGAGAUACAUCACUAAAAUCAAAGAGAUUACUUGAGCAAACAAGUACAACCAAAGACAAAUCUGAUUAUCUUUGGUAUACUCUUAGGUUUCAACACAAUUUGCCUUGCACUGAACCAAUACUUCAUGUUGAAUCUCUUGCACAUGUUGCGCGUGCUUUUUUGAACAACAUAUACAUAGGUUCAGCAAAUGGAAGAUUUAGGCAGGGCUUCUCGAUGGAUAUUCCAAUUAUGUUAAAUAAGGGAAUGAAUAAUAUUUCUAUACUCAGCGUUAUUGUUGGGCUACAGGGUUCGGGAGCUUAUCUUGAAAGAAGAGUGACUGGCUUAACAACAGUGGAAAUUCAAUGCAACAAAAAAGUGUUGUAUGAUUUUAAAAACUAUAAAUGGGGAUAUAAGGUUGGACUACUUGGAGAGGAAUUGAAAAUAUAUAAAAAAACAAAAUUGGGAGAUGCAGUCUGGAGUAAAAAUCGAAUUUCUACCAAUGAAAUACUUACUUGGUACAAGAUAUUUUUCAAUGCACCCAAGGGAAAUGACCCUGUCGCCUUAAACCUGAGUUCAAUGGGAAAAGGUGAAACUUGGGUUAAUGGACAAAGCAUUGGUCGCUAUUGGAUUUCUUUCCAUGACUCCGAAGGCAAACCAUCACAAAUAAUGUAUCAUGUGCCCAGAUCAUUCCUUAAAGCUUCUGGAAAUCUUUUAGUUUUGCUUGAAGAAGCUGGUGGCAACCCUCUUCAGAUUUCCUUAAAUACCGUGUCAAUCACCAAUGCAUAGGAAUAUAUAUCUUUCUAUCACUUCCCUCAGUAAUUUCAUAGAGAAAACAGAAAAUUUGCUAAGAACACUUUGAGUAGAACUCAUGAUGUAAAUCCCAACACAUUGAAUUCAUUUGAAUAAUAGGAAAGGUUCAAAAUUGUGUUCAUAACUUA